AUGACCCUUUUGGGUAACAGUUUUCUGACAUUUGCGAUUAUCACCAGUCCUCAGUUGCACACUCCUAUGUACUAUUUUCUUUGCAAUUUAGCAUUUCUUGAUUUGUGCUACUCAUCGAGUUCUCUUCCAAAAGCGUUACUAGAUGUAUUUUCUAAUGAAAGGAGAAUCUCCAUCACUGGGUGUCUGGUACAGAUGAACACUGGUCUGUUUCUAGGAAGUACCGAGGGUAUACUACUGGCAGUGAUGGCGUAUGACCGGUAUAUCGCCAUUUGCUUUCCUCUGCAUUAUUCCAUAAAUAUGAAUUGGAGGACAUGUAAAAUUAUUACAGUUAUUAUGUGGUCAGGGUGUUUAAUUUCAUCAACUAUUUCCAGCUGCAAGCCUCCUGUGUUCUGUAGAGGAAACACAUUGGACCAUUUUGUCUGUGAGGUACUGGCCGUUCUAGAUCUGGCGUGUGGUGAUGUCACCUUUUCUAAAGCAGCUAUAUUUUUUCAAAGUUUAAUUAUACUGGUAUCACCGUUAGUUUUCAUUGUGGUCUCCUACAUCUGUAUCAUUAUAUCUAUAUUAAAGAUCCACUCAGCAGGUGGAAGAUCUAAAGCGUUUUCAACAUGUGCUUCCCACCUGACCGUGGUGUUUAUGUUUUAUGGAACCACUAUGACCAUCUACAUGGGACAAAGCAAACGUUUGUCAUCCAGCACUAAAUAUAUUUCAAUGAUAUAUGGUGUUAUGACACCGGUGUUAAAUCCUUUGAUCUACAGCCUGAGGAACAAUGAGGUGAAAGAAGCUUUUAAAAAAAUAUUGACCAAGUAUUCUGCAACACGGACAGUAGAAUAA